GGGCGGGGGCCCGUCCAUGGGGGGCCUCGGACGCCCCGCGGCGCGGCUUGGCGGGUCCCGAGCGCCCGUGCGCGGCGCGGGGCCGUUGGGGCCUUCCGUUAGGCGUCGGCCCGGCCUUGCUCGGAACGGACGGGCAUCAACCCCCCGGCGGGGCCCCGGCCUGGCUGCGGCCGCCCGGGUUCGAUCCCCGGCACCCCGUAUGGUGCCCCGAGCCCCCCAGGGGGACUCCCGGAGCCCCGGGAGCAAGACAAAGUCGUGGUCUCCGGCGGCCGGAACCCCUCUGAGCGAGGAAGGCUUGUUUGAGCCCCCGCCCCGCCCACUCCCCCAAAACACGUGCUGGGGAGAGACAGCUGGGACAGAGAAGGGACCACCGAGUCAGUGAUGCGUGGAGGGCUGGCCCGGGACGGGAGAUGGCGCGCUGAAGGGAUUCUGUCCGGGAUCUCGGAAACACUGCAGAGAUGUCUGAUGUUCAGGAAGCUACGGACCAGCUCCUGGAUGCGAACCUUCAGGAGAACCACAGUCCCGUGGUACCAGUGGCACAGAGCGACCCCGGAAGUGAUUCCGAGCGUCUCCAAGUCACCAUUGGGGCCACUGUACCCACUGGCUUCGAGCAGACGGCAGCAGAUGAAGUGAGAGAGAAACUAGGAUCAUCGUGCAAGAUCAGCAAAGACCGGGGCAAGAUCUAUUUCGACAUUUCCGUGGAAAGCCUUGCUCAGGUUCAUUGUCUGAGGUCAGUGGAUAAUUUGUUUGUGGUUGUUCAGGAGUUUAAAGAUUACCACUUCAAAGAGACGAAGGAAGAGGUUCUGAAGGACUUUGAAGAAUUGGCUGGGAAACUCGCAUGGUCAGACCCCUUAAAGGUGUGGAAAAUUAACACCGGUUUCAAGAAAAAGAAAACAAAGCGUAAGAAGACGAAUCUGAACGUAAGUAAAGAAAAGGUCGAAAAUGGACAGGGAGACAAAGCAGACAAGGGAGAAGCGACGCAGUCCGCCCGCGCGCCCUCGGACGCCCACCUCUCGGACUGCUAUGAGAACGCCGCCCUCCGGGAGGACGUGUGCACGCUGGUCAGCGAGGACUCGGCGUCGCGCAGAGACGAGACGGAGGAAACCGCCACGGGAGACACUGAGCCCGAAGUGCUGAAGUUCAGAGUGACCUGCAACAGGGCAGGGGACAAACACUGCUUUUCGUCAAAUGAGGCCGCGAGGGAUUUUGGGGGUGCUGUUCAGGAGCAUUUCAAGUGGAAGGCCGACAUGACGAACUUCGACGUGGAGGUUCUUUUGAAUAUUCACGAUAGCGAAGUUAUCGUGGGCAUUGCCUUGACCGAGGAAAGUCUUCACCGAAGAAACAUCACACAUUUUGGACCCACGACUCUCAGAUCCACGCUUGCCUAUGGGAUGCUCAGGCUCUGUGCUCCUCAGCCCACAGAUAUCAUCGUUGAUCCCAUGUGUGGAACCGGGGCGAUCCCUAUAGAGGGGGCUUCUGAGUGGUCAAGCUGUUACCAUAUUGCUGGUGACAAUAGUCCACUGGCUGUCAACAGAGCAGCAAAUAACAUCGCGUCUUUGUUGAGCAAGGGCCAAGUCAAAGAAGGCAGCCCGUCGGGGGGCUUACCCAUAGACGCUGUGCAGUGGGACAUCUGCCACCUGCCGCUGAGAACUGGCUCUGUGGACGUCAUCGUCACGGACAUGCCCUUCGGGAAAAGGAUGGGCUCUAAGAAGAGAAACUGGAACCUUUACCCAGCUUGCCUGCAGGAGAUGAGCCGCGUGUGUCGGCCGGGGACAGGCCGGGCCGUGCUGCUCACUCAGGACAAGAAAUGCUUCACCAAGGCAUUAUCAGGAAUGGGUCACCUAUGGAGGAAGGUGCACACCGUGUGGGUCAACAUCGGGGGCCUCCAUGCUGCCGUUUACCUCCUGAAACGGACCCCUCAAGCUUACGUGCCUCCUGCAGCCCACGCUGGAGAGAGAGCACCUUGGUAAUGAACGUGGUGAUGACUCAUCUCCAUGCGCCUCCGUGUCCGCGCGAAGGGCUUGCUCUGAGAGUGAGGCGUUGACGAGCCUGGCCGGCCGGCCGGAAGCUCUCCACCUGGGCCGGCAGGUGGCUUCAAAGAUGGGAACAGGAUGUGACAUAACCACGUCCGAGGAGGGAUGAGUCACUGGGAAAUUAGUACUUUGCUUAAAAUGCUUUAAAGAUGACUAUGAAAAGCUAAGAUUCUCUGGGAUUUGGGUUUAGAACGUUUUAUUUUUAGGCUUCAUUACAGUUGCAGUUUUACCCUGGCCUGCUAGAAAGGCAGAGCACAUAAUCCGAGUGAUGGUCCUGAGCGCACGCACUGCCCGCGCAGCUCUGCUAGCUACUAGCUACCAGGGCUUCUCCUCAGCCUUGGAAAAUAAAGCAUCGUUACGUGUUGUGGACAGUGUUUGCCUCAUAAGACCCACAGCAAACGCUGCCAUCUGUCUUAAGUAUUGAAGUUGGCACAUACGGGGCCUGACCAGCAGUCGGGUGUGCCUUUCACCAAGAGACUAGGGCCCAGUCUCCGGCACCCCACGUUCCCACCAGGAGUCAUCCCUGAGCACCACCAGGUGAGGCCCCACAACAAAACAAAUGCAUGUAAUUCAAACUAACACAGAAGAUUGCCCAGGUACUUUGCUAUUAGUGAUUAGAACAUUUCCAUUUGUAAAUAGUAGUACGUUGAAAAUAAAUAGGGACCAACAAGUUUGAAAAGAAUUUUUAUUUUUCUGUUCAGUUCAAAAAGAUUGUUUUGCUUUCAAGUCAACAUAUGUUUAUUGGUUCCUCAAAAGGACUAGAAGACAAGCUAAUAUAUUUUUUAAUUAAAAAACUUCCUGAAAACUGUU